AUGAGUGUGUUUUGGUUGUGUUUCAACUGCUGCAUUGCAGAACAGCCUCAGCCUAAAAGACGGCGGCGGAUUGAUCGAAGCAUGAUUGGGGAGCCAACAAACUUUGUUCACACAGCUCAUGUAGGAUCAGGAGACCUAUUCAGUGGAAUGAAUUCAGUCAGCUCAAUUCAGAACCAGAUGCAAUCUAAGGGAGGCUAUGGAGGUGGCAUGUCUGCUAAUGUUCAGAUGCAGCUUGUAGAUACGAAGGCAGAAUAACCUUGGGUAAACCUAUUCUGUUUAUGUGAGUUGCUGUAUCUUCUUUCCUGUGUCCUCUUUUGCCUUGGUGACUGCUUUCUGUGCUCAUGACAAGAGAAGUGAUGGCUCAUUGUUCACCCUUCGUGAUUAGUCCAGUGAAAAGUUGCUGUUCUGCUCUGAUGAUGCCAUUUAUCAGAUUGGUCCGACUGUGCCUUACAGUGGCAUGCACGCGUUGGCCUCUACCAGUGUCAUGGACAUAGAGCUGUUUAGGAUUGGUUUUAGCUUUUUGUUUGUUUUAAGGCAAGUUAAAGCACCAACCUUAGCUAUCCUCAUUCCUCACAAAUACUAAUGCGCAACAUUCUGUUGCUUUUUAGUCUUUCGUCAUUUCUUCAUUCAAGUAAUUUAGAAAUAAAUGAGUUGACAUUAAUGUGUUCAAUCAUCUAACGUUCAUACCCAUUUCUGAAAGGUCUGGGACCUGCAAGCACAAAUAAUUAUUUCAUACAAAAUCAACAGAGUAGAUGACCGCAUGCUUUGUGAGGUUGCUUUGUAUGGUGGCCUGCUUGGUGCUCAAAGAAAAAAAGAUUGCUUACUGCAGAUGUGAAAAAUUUAGCUGUGGCACCAAGUCAUGCCUGCUUCUGAAAAAGAACUUGUGACUUAGCUGCUUCAGAGUUAUGUUUUUAUUUUAGUUUUUAUCCAACUGGUCUUGAUAAAAUAAAGAGAGAGCUUGCAUUCAUGAGGCAUUUGUUGUAAAUGUUCGGUAUAUUUAUUUUGAAAGAGCUGACCUUGAGACUGUAAACCAGUGUA